UGUCAUGAUGUUACAAAUGCAAUUUUUGCUAUCGAGUAAUAAAUGGAAGAUGCAAAAAGAAUGCUGAGACGAGAGUUUUGAAAUUGAAGCUUGGAAUAUAUUGAAAUUUAAUAGAAGAGCAACUGCAGCAAAAUGAUAAGAAAGGAGUGGUGGUAGUUCUCUGUAGGAAAGUAGGGAAAAGUGAAAGAGAGGGGAUAACUGGAUAAAAAGUAGAGCUGUUGAAGCACGCGGUAGUUGUGUUCUUUCAGUCAUUAACGGAGCGUCUUCCGUUGAAUUUGGAGUGAAACUUUUUUUCUUUUGUUAUAUUUUUAUUUUUCCGUUUAUUUUUUAAAUCUUUUCUUUUUUAUCAUAAAAUAAGUCGACUAAGAUGCCAGGACAAUUCGAAGAAAUCCAAGCAAAACAUGCAACAUUCGGAAUGGGAUGCUUCUGGGCUGGCGAUUGCCUUUUUGGUGUUCUACCCGGUGUAAUCAGGACUUGCGUUGGAUACGCCGGUGGACAAAAGGAAUCGCCAACUUACAGAAAUAUUGGAGAUCAUACGGAAGUCGUCAAUGUCGAAUAUAAUCCAGACGUAAUAUCGUAUGCACAGCUACUCUCUUUGUUUUGGGAGAAUCACGAGUAUGGUCUCACUACAAAAAUCAAGAGACAGUAUAUGUCGUUGAUUUUGUAUCAUGAUGAAGAACAAAAGUUGAUAGCUGAAAAGUUACGUGAACAAGAACAGCGAAAGCGUACCGAUUCGAUUCUCACUGAAAUAAGGAAGUUUGAGAAGUUUUACCCCGCCGAAGAUUAUCAUCAGAAAUAUCGACUUCGAAAUCACCCAUGGUUAAUCGAAACUACCGGUCUCACCAGCGACGAAGUUCUUCGAAAUUCGCCGUUAGCUGCUAAAUUAAAUGGCUACAUCGCUGGAGCUGGAACGAUCGAACAAUUUGCAAAAGAGUUGCCUAAUCUUGGCUUAACUGAAAAAACUGCACAGUAUUUACAAAAAUAUGUGAUUGAGAAUCAAGGAAAUGGUUUAUAUUGCUAGUUUAAGAAUACUUGGUAUGUAGUAUACAUGGAAUAGGAUCUAUUUCUUCCUAGAAAGAAGUUUUAAAGUCGAUUUUCUUACGCGAUGCGGGUUAAUCUGUAUAUUGAAAGAAUUGAACGAUUCAAAUAAUAAGUAUUUAGGUCGAUUUUAAAAUCUGGUUUACGUUCGAUAAAUAUCCUUCGUUAGUAUUAAAUUCUCUCAUUUUGUAUAAUUUUUAUCAUAGUGUAUAAGUUUUAUUAACAGUAUAUUAUACUAUACUUCAUACGAAAAUGAGUAAUAACAGGUUUAUUUGUUUGCUCAGCAUGGAUAUCUCGCUUUUUUAAAAAGAAUCAAAAAUCAAUUUACAGUAAGAUAGGCUGUGAAAGGUAUAUACAGAUAAUUUUGUUUGCAAUAUUUUGUUUUCUGAUCACUUCGUACAUUCUAUAAGUUUUAUUAAUUUAUAGCGUUUUAUCGCGUAUUUCUCAUCCUAAAAAAAAAAAUAGCAAGUGAUUACAAGACGUAUAAUUAAACAAUGGUUUUUUUUUAAUUCCUUAUGUUGUACCUUUUCUGCAGAAAACUUUCAUAACGUACAUGAUAUGUUAAUUACAUAUGAAAAUAUAAUUGUAUAAUAUUUAUUAUGAAUGAUCUUAUGACCACAAGUAUUAGAAAAUGUACAAAACUUCAAGGACAACUGUGUUGUCAAAUACGCACGCUUACAUACAUAUACAUAUGUAGAUAUAUAUGGUCAUAUGAUAUACGGAUGUAUAUCGGAGUUUAAUAUGCUUCUAACUCAUUUACUUCACAUUAGUGUUUUAUAUAUCUACUUAUAUAAAAUUAAUUUCAUUACAAAAAGAUCGAAAGAUAUGUAAUAAAAAUCAGUGAAAUAUAAAAAAUAACAAUAAUGAAAUUUAAAAA